GGAAACGCUGAACCGGCAUCAGUCGGACAUGCGCAUUAGAAUUCUCGCUCCAAUAACUCAAGAUCUCAGCAAUUCAAGAUGUCGUCAGAAAAUGGAGUGGACGGUAAGUAUUCAAACUUUAAAUUGAUUUAAUAUGUUUGUACUAACUAUUUUUUAAAAUUUUUAAUACAUGGCUUGUUAUAGCAUGACUAUUGGAUCAGUUCCUACUUUUUUACUGUUCGCGCGAACAAAUUCGCCUAGUGGAAAAUGGAAUAAUUGUAGCCGUACAUCAGUUUUGCUGGUCAUGUUUGUUAGCUUGAAAUUAUAUUAAUGUUAUGGUAGGGGCCUACCAGAAACCUUAACAGGCUUUUAUUUAAGACCCCUAUAGAUAUAAAAUUUAGAUGCUAGUUCUAACUACAGACUAUACAGUCAACCAAAUUUAAAUAUAUUACAAUAAGUAUUAUAGUUAGAAGAAAAGAAAGAGAGAAAAUGUGAAAGCUAUUUACAGCAUAAAGUGUUACAUUGUACAUAUAAUUUGAUUAAUUACUUGAUAUUUGAAGGAAGUGUUCUUUUAUAGUAUUUUUGAAAGUAUUACGAGAAGUGAUAUUCUUAAAAUGACAUUCAAGUCCAUUCCAAACAUCGACUCCUUUAUUUGAAAGAGUAUGUUUUACAUAGUUCGUUCUUUUGUAUGACUUGUGGAGUUGUGUUUUAUUUCUUGUAUUGUGUUGGUGGAUUUGAUCAUUGGUCACAAAAUAAUCAGUGAAUACCUCUGGUAGAUUUUUGGUAUAGUGAUAUCGAAACAUAAAUAAACUUAUUAAAUAAUCAUUAAUUUUAUAAAUAUCUAGAAUUUUUAAGUCUUUAAAAAUUGGUUCGCUAUGUGCCAAAUAAGAGUUGAAAGUCAUAAGGCGCACAAUUUUUUUUUUAAUAUUCAUAAGCUUUUGGAUUCUUUUUUUGUAGGUAUUACCCCAGAUUAUAUUUCCAUAGAUAAGAUAUGGAUAGACUAAAGCAUAGUAAAUAAGCUUAAGAGCAUUUAAAUUUGUAAAAUGUCUUAUUUUUGCUAUUACUCCAGCAGAUUUAAUAACUUUUUUUGCUACUAAAUCCACAUGUUCAUUCCAUGUCAAGCAUUCAUCAAUGACAAUACCAAGGAAUGUGGUAUUUUUUACCUGUUUUAAUUUUUCUUUGUUUAUUUCUAUUGUUAUAUCAAAAUUCUGUUUUUUGUUAUAAGAUCUAAUAAUAAAUAUUAAAGCCCAGCAAAGUGCUUUUAAAAGAGCCAUAAACCAUUAAAUUUAAAAUUUUAUUAAAGAUUUAGUAACGUUUCGUCUUAACUCAAGACAUCUUCAGACUAUAUUAAAUUACAAGCUGUAAGAGUAAUUAAGCAUAAAGUAAAGUUAUCAUAGCAAUAUUAAAUUACAAGCGAAUACGAGGUACACAAAACGUAAGGAUAAGAAAGGAUAAUGAAGGGAAGUGACGGACAAAAAUGAGAACAGACAAAUUAGAUGACAACACAAACAGACAAAACAUAAAAAAAAGGAGAUCAGAAUACGUGAAGAGGAAUUGAACUGCCUUGAAUGUUGAGAGAGGGUUUCAUUUUAGAGAUAAAAAAGCUUUCAUGAAUAAGGAGUUCUUGUUCAUCUGAACAAGAGGAGAGGAUUUCGAAGUCGUCAAUAGAAGCAGCGUGGCCUGUGGAUGUAAAAAUCCUCCCCAGUCCAGCAUUUUCUCACAUCCACAGGCCACGCUGCUUCUAUUGACGACUUCAAAAUCCUUUCCUCUUGUUCAGAUGAACAAGAACUCCUUAUUCAUGAAAGCUUUUUUAUCUCUAAAAUGAAACCCUCUCUCAACGUUCAAGGCAGUUCAAUUCCUCUUCACGUAUUCUGAUCUCCUUUUUUUAUGUUUUGUCUGUUUGUGUUGUCGUCUAAUUUGUCUGUUCUCAUUUUUGUCCGUCACUUCCCUUCAUUAUCCUUUCUUAUCCUUACGUUUUGUGUACCUCGUAUUCGCUUGUAAUUUAAUAUUGCUAUGAUAACUUUACUUUAUGCUUAAUUACUCUUACAGCUUGUAAUUUAAUAUAGUCUGAAGAUGUCUUGAGUUAAGACGAAACGUUACUAAAUCUUUAAUAAAAUUUUAAAUUUAAUGGUUUAUGGCUCUUUUAAAAGCACUUUGCUGGGCUUUAAUAUUUAUUAUUAGAAUUUGUUUCCCGCCUGUUACUUCUCUGGUAACAAUUUUUUAUAAGAUCUAAAUAGAAUAAACUUUGUUUUUGAAGUAUUUAUAGAUAAUUUAUUUAUAUUUAACCAUUCAGCUACUUUAUUAAUUUCUAUUUGCAUAAUUUUAUUUAAUGUUUUAAGACAUUUGUUACUAUGAGAUAUCGUUGUGUCAUCCGCAAAUAAUAUAAAUGAAACUAUUUUACUGCAAUGCUGUAUAUCGUUUAUAUACAAAAGAAACAAGAGUGGUCCCAGAAUAGAACCCUGGGGGACUCCACUUUUGAUUGUCAUUUCUUUUGAUUUCACCUGAUUGUAUUUUACAAUUUGUUUUCUAUUUGUUAAAUAAUCUUGAAACCAUUGUUGAGAUAUUCCUCUUAUGCCAUAAUAUUCUAAUUUUUUAAUCAGAAUCCUGUGAUUAAUUGUGUCAAAAGCCUUGGACAAAUCUAAAAAUAUACCAAUAGUGUAUUCUCCUAUAUCUAUUGCUCUAGUAAUUUUAUCUAAAAGUUCAAUAAUUGCAAAAUCUGUUGAUCUGUUUUGUCUAAACCCAUUUGAUGUUUUGAUAAUAUCUUGUUUUUUUCUAUGAAGUUGAUUAAUCUUUUGUACAUGAGUUUUUCUAAUAAUUUUGAAAAACAUGAAAGAACAGAUAUAGGUCUGUAAUUGUUAAAUUUGUUUUUUUCAUUAGCUUUAAAAAUAGGUGUAACUAAUGCUAUCUUUAGCUUAUCAGGGAUAAUUCCACUUAGGAAAGUCAAAUUAAAUAUAUGAGCAAGAGGCUCAGAAAUAUUGCUGGCAGUUAAUUUUAAAAAUUUCGAACUAAUAUUAUCAUAUCCAGGACUUUUAUUUUGAUUCAUGUUAGAUAUUUCUAAUUUUAUUUCAUUUUUGGUAAUUGCUUCAAGAAACAUGCUAUCUUUGUACAAAUUACUAGUGAGAUAGUGCUCAAAUGUUUUUUGACCAUCAUUUUCGGUAAUCUUUUUGGCCAGUUCUGGUCCAACAUUCACAAAAUAUUCAUUGAAUUUGUUGGCUAUAUUAAGAGGAUCUUUAAUUAACUCAGAGGGGUUAUUCCCAACAAAUUCUUCUGGUAGUUCUUUUCUUACUUUAUUUCUAUUCAUGAUUUCAUUUAAUGUUUUCCAUGUCAUUCGAGCAUCAUAUUUAUAUUUUACUAGCUGUUCUUCAUAAUAUAUUUUUUUGGCCAUUUUUAUUAUAUGAUUUAGUUUAUUUUUAUACUUUUUAUAUUUAGUUUUGUUUUUUCACUUGGGUUUCGUAAGAAAGUUUUAUACAGCUUAUUUUUCCUCAUCACUGAUUUUAUAAUGCAUCUGGUCAUCCAUGGACUUUUGCCUUGAUCAAUAUUAUUUUUAAGAUGUUUUGGUCUUAAUGGGAAGUUAGUUUCAUAGGUUGUUGUGAAUAUUUUAGAAAAUUCAUUAAAAGAUUUUGUCGGAUUUUCUUGAAUAAAUACAUUAUCCCAUGAUGCGUUUUUAAUUGAGUUUAUAAAUGAUGUUAUGUUAGAGUUAUUAAUUUCCCUUUUAUAGAUUACGUUAGUUUGUUUGGUACUUUUUUCUUCGGGAUUUUUUUAAUCAAACAUGCAUGUAAUAUUGGUAAAUGAUCGGAGAUAUCAGUGAAUAUAAUUCCAUUAAUACUGUUCUCAACUUUUUCUAUAUUAUUUGUAAAAAUAUUAUCGAUUAUUGUAGCAGUAUGUUCAGUAAUUCUAGUUGGUUUUGUUAUAAGCGGAACAAAAGAUGAUGUAAAAAGUUGUUCAAUAAAUCUAUUGGCAUAAUCACAGGACUCUGAUUUGAGUAAAUCAAUAUUAAAAUCUCCCAUAAGAUAACAUAUUUUGUUUUCUUUAUCAAUUUUAUGUAGUAAUACAUUCAUUGCAUUUUCAAAUACUUCAACUUUCUUGUUUGGAGGUCUAUAUAUUGUUCCUACGAUUAUGUUUUUACUGAAUGGCAUGUUAAUUUCGAUAAAAACUGAUUCAAUUCCAUCUUCGUUAACGGAAUUCAAAUCCUUGCGAAUCUUGUAUUCUGUUUCUUUAAUAAUAUAAAUACCUACUCCUCCGCCUUUUUUAUUGCUUCUGUUUGAGCUUAUGAAAUCAUAUUUUUCUAUAUUAAAGUUAUCGUUAUUGGUAUCAUUGAGCCAUGUUUCUGUUAAGCCUAUUACUUUAAUAGGUUUUCCUAGUGAAUUCAGAAGGUGUUUAAACGAGUCAAAGUUUUUAGAUAUACUUCUUAUAUUUAAAUGUAACAAGGAAAAGUAAUUUUUUUGUUUGUUUUUUGUGAUGACAUCUUUAAGUUCGUUUGUAAGGUAAGAGUCACACUUUAUUUUGUCAAUGUCAAAAGACGAGUCCGGAUGUGCGCUGAUUCCACAUAAUUCUAAAUCAUUACUCAGUUGAAAUGGGUUAAAACUUGAUUGCGUUAUUCUAUCCAUAUGACCAUAUCAUCUUGGCCAAAGGUUCUACCUCUUGUAAUGUUUAAGUCGUAUUCUAAAUCAUCAAGCGAUUGAAACGGCAAGGCAUUGUCAAGGCAUAAUUUGCAUAUAUCAAUUUCCGCAUCAGUCACAUUAGCGUCAAAUGAUUACAGGCAUGCAGACUUGGCGUGAUACCAUCUGUAACAUGUGUUACAUCGGUUACAUUCAAUCCAUUUUUGGUAUUUCCCAAUAGUUUUAAGGCAAGAAGAACAUGUCUUCUUGUUAGUAAUAUUUGAUUUAGGCAUUAGAUUGGUUUCUUAUUUGAAAAUAAAUGUUAAAAAUUAUGAUUAUAAAGAAUAGGCUAGUAGAGUAUAUGUAUUGAUAUGUAAAGAUAUGUAAUUUGAAACGAGAUUAUGUCAAAUUAAAAACAACACCUUCAAUAAUAAGUUUGUCCCUGACCAUCCUUGCCCUUUUCUUUUCUGCUUUUGCCUUCUUAUAUUCUGGAUAGAGUGCUUUUCUAACUCUUUCAAUUUCUUCCGGUGUGACGCGAAAUUCCUGACUUGCGAAAUAUCUGACUAUUGUAGAACUGCCCAUGCGCAGACGAUGCGCAUGAAUGACUUUGGCUCAUAAAUUUCGCAACUGAACAGACAACACGUGUAUUUAUAAAGCCAUUUUAUUUAUACAUAAAUUUUCCAACAUUAAUUCUACAAUUGAUCAACUGAAUUGACACUAUACCACUGAUUGUGAACGUUAUAAUAAACCUUGAAUCGUAGAUAUGGAAAUAUCACUCGAAAAGCGAUCUUAGUGAUAUAAAACAGUUUCAAAGGUUAUGCCGUAUAUGCAUUACUAUACUAUAAGCACUAAAAAUCGUUUCGCGUUUGACCUUCUCACUAUUUAGUAAGCAGCAACGAUGAGUUCGAAGUUCAUGAGUUGGCCGUUUAGAUUUGGCGAUGUUUAUGCUAGAAACAUUUGGUAACAUCGCAUAUGGACUUAAAAAUCGUUUCGACCGACCGUAUUUAGCAAACGUCGUGUAUUUCGCGGUCACGACCACACAAUUCGCUUUGAAAUUUAAAGUGUUUGUGAUUGAAACUUAGCGAUGUCGAUUUGAAAUAUUUAACGAAGUAUUAGAAAUUAACAUCAUGAUUAUUUUAUCUAAACUCUAAAAAACAGUUUUGGCCGACUUAGAAUUUAGCAAGCGUCAUGUAUUUCGCGCCUGUACGCGCGAAAUUUCUGACCCGUCACGCUAGGUCAGGUAUUUAGCAGAGGUCAGGAAUUUCGCUUGACACCGGGAAAAACCGGAAACGCCAAUUCUCGUUCCUUUCAGCUUUCUCGCAUUCUUUCGUAUGUAUUCCCUGUCCUGGAAGUAUAAUUGAAUUUCACCACUAUAAUCUAUUGGCCUAGGUUUCGCGUUGGUCUGAAUUUUCCUUCCAAUACGGUGGGAUCGGUCAAUCUUUAUCAUAUUUGCCGCAUCACGUACUUCAAAUUUCUCUUCGAGUAGGCUAUGAAUAAUCGCAGUUGUAUCUUCCUUCUCCUGUUCGCUAAUAUUAUAAAAGACUAAAUUGUCUCUCAUUGACCUUGCGCUAUCAUGUAACACGGUAUUUUCAUUUUCCAGACUCUUAAUUCGUUUCUUUGUUUCUUCAUCGCAUAUUUUUGAUAAUUCUUGCUGACGCUUCAAAUCAUCAAUUUCUGCAUAUGCGUACUCCAAAGAUUGCUUUAAUCCUUUCAUCUCUUCUUCGGCAGACUUAACUUUCUCUUCGAUAAUGUCAAGCUUGUCUAACUUCCUAGCCAUCAGGCCCAUCACUUUUAGCAAUUCCUGUAUUUCAUCUAAUUGCGUAUUAUUUUCCCUCUCUUCUUGAACAAUCAUAUUAGUUGUAUCAUUCUGUUUCAUUGAUUUAGAUUUGGCUGACUUUAUGGGCGUAUUAUUGCCAGAAAUAUUUAAACUUUGCGCAUUGCGCUUGGAGGCAUGUUUAUAUGACGCCAUGAUAUAUGAUAUGAUAAAUGCGGUGGUUGUGCCUCAAAAUAACGAUCUUGACGUUUUCUAUGCAAAAGUAACUUACUUUGAUCACAGUACUGUUGAAAAUCUUGUGCAGCUUGCUCAAUUGCGAGAAGUACUUGUCAUUGAUUUGAGUUGUAAAAAGUUCAUAGCUAUGUUUAUAUUAGUUUCUUACAUUCAUGCUACUGUAUAAUGUGGGUUGAACCAAAUUAUCUUUCAUUGACGAUUUCCUCUAUGUGUUGUUUCUUAGCAUAGGCACCCAGAUUGUUGGGCAGACAAGGCAGUCGGGCAAUAUUCGUUUCACGGUCAGGCAAUAUUGGCUUAUUAUAAAAAUAAAUAGGAGAAAUUCUCUCAAUAUUGGGUGAAAUAUGCUAUAUAAUAGUUGAAAAUGGAGGGAAAAUAUGAAAGUUAUAAUAAAUUAUAAUACAUUUAUUAUAUAAAGUAUAGUGCUUUAUAGAGAUUUCAAAAACUCAUUAAUAAUUCAUGAAGCAAUUAUCCAAUCUUGAGUAAGAAAUUAGUCAUGUGCAUACGUCUUUAUACCAGCUAAAGAACACUUUAACAAAAGACCAUUGUUAUGCAAACUAUAUAAAGGUUUUUAUAUAAAGAUUUUUAUAUAAAGAUUUUUAUGAAGAUUUUUAUAUAAAGAUUUGACUUAUUAUGCAUACGUUUUUGAAGUCAUUUAAAAAACUCGCGGGUCGUGUUUUAUUAGGUCUAAAGCCACUCGCGCUGCGCGCUCGUGGCUUUAAACCUAAUAAAACACUCCCGCUCGUUUUUUAAAUAGUACUUCGAGCACUGAUAAAAGUGAUAAUUUCACAUGUGAGAUUAUUCAUGAUAAUCUCACAUGUGAAAAUUAUCGCUUUUCAAUUAUUGCUUUUCUGUAAAAAUUAUCGCUUUUCAAAGACUGUCCUAUAUAUAAUAAACAGAAAAAUACAUGGGUGCUUGGAAAUACCAGAUUUAUUUCUCGUGUUGAACAUAAUAUCUCACUUGUUCGCUGCGCUCACUUGUGAGAUAUCAUGUUCAACACUCGAAAUAAAUCUGGUAUUUGCACGCACUCAUGUAUUAUUCUCUAUUUCAAACACUCAUUAAUAAUUCGUAAGCUUAUUGGCCAAUCAUGUCAACCAUAAUAUGUCACGUGCAGUGGCUUUAAACCUGAUAAAACACUCCUAAUUAGUAUUCUUUAUAUAAAGAAUACUAAUAAGACAAUAUAUCUAUUGAAUUUGUGUCGUGUUUGAAGUCGUUUAAUAAACUCGCAGGUCGUGUUUUAUUAGGGCUAAAACCACUCGCGCUGCGCGCUCGUGGCUUUAAACCUAAUAAAAUACUCCUGCUCGUUUAUUAAAUAGUACAUAAUACAUUCUGAAAUAAUAUAUUCCGAAAUUCCCCCAUUGUCAACAACAAUUUUGGAAAGUUUGCACAGGAAAAUUUUUUUGACAAGUCGGGCAUGGGAAAAGUCAGGCAUAAUUUCUUUCCGCCCCCCCUAAUUUUUUCCUUCCCGUAAGCCUAUGUUUCUGGGUACGUAGGGCAGGUUACAAUGAUAGUUCUGCAAUGAAGCGUGCUCUCGUUUUAUGGUGCAGAAGAAUCAAAUGACGUCUGGUUAUGGCCUCCUCCACAGGCAUCUUGAUUCUGCCCACCAAUCUAAAUCCGAUGCCUGUGAAGGCGGCAAAUCUGGUUAGAUGAUAUAGUAACUGUGAAAUUUGUUCGUAUGGACUGUAGUCUGAUGAUUGAUAGAUGGUGGUUGGAAUUGCUGUUUAUGUACAGUCAAUGGUUUGUUGUUUGGUUUCCUCUAACUAAGUUCAAAAACUUUCAUUUCUAAGAUCAACAUAUUAAUUAACAAUUAUUCGCCGAAGGCGAGGUGAUUAUCGGUGAAUAAAAACCGAGACGAAGUCGAGGUUUUUAUUCACGAUAAUCAUCGAGCUUGAGGUGAAUAAUUGUUUUAGUAUAAUUUCAUAGGUGAUUAUUUGGAAAAAACACAUUUCUUCGUCAUUUAAUUGACAAAAAGGCUUCGGCCGCCAUUUUGAAAAUCGCUUUGGUGAUUAUCGCGUAAUAAUCACCUCAACGGCAACCAAUCAGCGUGGAGAAUUUUUAAUAAUCACCUAUGUAAUUAUACUAACUUAAUUUAUUAGAUAUGAAGAAACAAUAAUACAACUAAAUAUCUAUACUGUCCUUGGAAAGUCACUAAUACUACAUAUAUUGCAUUAAAUACUACAUAUAUCAUGAUAUAUGGCAUCUACUGGGUCAGAAAUAAGGAAAGGUGCUAAAUGCAGAUAAAAUACAUGAAAUAACCAUUUUAUUAGAAUAAAAAAAGGCUAUUAAAUAUCAUACAAAUAUAUAGGUUUUUGAACACUUUAAUCAGUAGCUUCCACAGAAAAUCAGUCCAAUAAUAUAUCAUUGAAAGAUGUUCAGUAUAGACUGCAUAAAUCUUUACUUUAAACCGCAUCAAGUAAUUCAAAUUUUGUAACAUAGUUUGUAUGCAUAAAUGUUAUUACUAAGCAAUAUCUCUUCGAAGAUUUCUCCAUAUUUGUGUUUCUCCGUUUUUCGGGUGGUUUAACACAUAUGCAAUUGAAGUGAUGGCAAGUACUUGAUAAACAAUUCCAUUUCCUGUGAAAACAUCGUUGUUUUGAUACUUCCCAGGUGAUGAUUCAAUUUAAAUUUUAACGUUCUCUUGACGUGCAUAAAUUUUUUUAUAAACAGAGAUGUCUCUUCCAUUGUAUAGCUGCAUUAUAUCAACCUUGCAAUUUCUUUAGUUUGUUCUAUAUAUAUAUGCAACUGAGUUGAGGUCAUUUCUGAAAAUUAAACAAUUUUCUGUAAGCAAUACGAAUGAGAAAGCCAUGAUCAUGCAUGCAUGUAUAUCACAAGACUACAUAUACACUCCUUGUCUACACAUAUUCGUUAGUUUGUAUUUCUGAAAAAGACCAAAUGUGAUACUUUAAUUACUUUGGACUCCUACUUGAUACUUGGAAGCCGACAUAUUAGGCCUAUUGAACAUGUUUUUUUAAUUUUUAUAACAGUGAUAUGUUACUAUUUGGACUACAUGCAUGACAGCAUGUUACCAUGUAUGUCAAACGACUAUGUCAGUAAAAUAGUGUGAUAAAUUCAAAGCAAGAUGGUGUAUUUCAGUGAUUAUGAGUAUACACAAUAUAUUAAACUUAGCAGAUUAUGCUAUGUGUGGAACAAGAACUUCAGUCAUUCGGCCUAUGAGAAAAGUGAGGCCAAGAUGGCGGCCAUUGACGUCCAAUAGCUCUGAAGAUCGGAAACAAUUUUUAUACCAUUUUUCCCCAGCUAAGUCCAGUUUUUUCUAACGGACCGGAUCGCUAAUCAAGUUUUCAGUUCGUAAAAUCAUAAUAUUAGUCUUUAAAUCAAAGUCAAAAUAGGAAAUUUCGGCACACUCCUUACCAAGAUGGCGGAAAUUGAAGGAGUUAUUGGACGUCAGUUCCAGCCCUUUCCAUUGUUUUUGUCUGCGCGGUUAACACAAAGCUGGCUUCACUUUGUGGACUUGAGUUCUCGCUCCAGAUAUAUAUGCAGCUCACUGUCUCUGCCAAACUUCUUAGUCUCCGGGUCGUCAAGGAUAAAUAGGCCGACAACAUAUGUCUUCUGUUAGUUGCAACUAAUUCCUUGGUCUGGAGUUUUUCCUAAUUAUGUGUGUAUUUUGUUUACACAUGCACCAUUCUCCCAUACAAAUCCUCAGAAAAAUUUGAAUUUCAACUGCAAGGGCGAAUUUAAAUUUGUAUGUUCUGAGUACGUUUGAAUAGAGGAUUUUAAUCGUAAAAGCAUGCACAAACCGUAUCAUUUACGAUUCCGAAUAUAUACUACUUUGUUUUGUAGAUGAAAAAAGACCAGCCCAAGAGGAAGAACUUGAAGAUGAUGUUUAUGAGAUCAUAAGUUCAGGUGUGCAAGACAAGACGUACUGGGGUAUAACAGUCAGGAGAUUGGGAGAACUUGAUCUUUCACGUCGUCCUGUAUAUGAACAACUUGGUGUUGGUGGUUUUACUGGCUGGUAAGC